AAGACAUUCCAAUAGUUUCUAUGGACGCCUAUUUUCUACUAGUAAGGUACUCAUUUCGAUUAUUGUCAGAAUCAAUAAUGUAUAAUCAAGGCAUUUAUUGCGUUAUAGAUACAUUGAGUAUAAUGAAAUUAUUCAUAUAAACAAUGAAGACGAGGACAAAGAAAAUGAAGAUGCCAGCAGUGUAGAAGACAAUAGUGAAGAUGAUGACAAACAUAUGAGUGAGAGUAGUUCAAAUGGCUAUGAUUCUGAUAACAAUGAAUUUGAUAGUGAUGAUUAUGAUGCGAAUAUCAGUGACGACGAGACUAAUGGGUCAUUUGAUGAUAAUACUAUAAUGUUUGAGAAAACUAAUUUAACUAUUCGUGACAUAAUGACUUUGAUAAUGGGAUUCUCAAUUCGAUUUAGACUGUCAGAUUUAGGAAGACAAAAACUGAUUGAGUUAAUAAAAUUAAUUGCAGGACCCGAGUUCAAAGAUAUAAAUAUUUCAAAGUAUAGAUUACAACAAAGAUUUGACCCACCAGACGAUAAAAUAAAUUAUCAUUAUUAUUGUAAUUCUUGCAACAAAGAAAUUUUAUAUUCAAUAUCAAAAUUAAAUUUUAAGAAUUAUAUAAAAACAUGUUCAAAAUGUGAUACAAAUAAUAAAAUAACGUUAAAAUCUACAAACUAUUUUACGUCUAUUAAUUUAACAUAUCAGUUAAAAAUGUUAUUUGAAUCUCCCUACAUUAAACAAGAAAUUUUUAAUUUUAUUAACUCAGUGACAGUAAAUCAGUGUAACGUUGAUAGCACAAAGAUUAUGAGAGAUGUUAAUGACAGUAAAUUAUACAACAAAAUUAACAAUAGAAUACCUGUUACUUAACUUAUAAUAUAAGUACCGAUGGUGCACCACUGACAAACAGUGGAAAACGAGGCUUUUAUCCAC